AAAAAAAGAUUUUUUUAACAAUUAAGAUAAACAGCAAAAAUAAAAGUGAAUUAUAGAAAAUCUUUAAAAUUUCAAAUUUUUUGAAAAAGUGAAUCAAAAUUAACUAUCAAAAUAUUAAUUCAAAUCAGUGAAAAUCAGUGAAUAUUUCAAAAACCUACAGGAAAAUUUCUCAAAUCUCAUCAAGAAAGUGAAAAAAUCUUAAAUCACCUCACAAAUAAAUCUAUAAAAAAUGCACACAAAGAUAAAAAUUUCUCAUCAUUUUGGCUAGAAAAAUAUAAAAAAAAGUUCUAAAGUGAAAUUUUUAUUUAAUAUUGUGAUUCAUCCGGGUGAUGUUAAUCUUAAAUGAUAAUGUCGUGGAUUUAUGGGAUGAUUUUCAUCCUCAUUCAGAUAUCAUCGGAUUCAGUGAUAAGGAAUCAACAUGUUGCUUAUGCAACUCCAUUGCAAUCAGUUCAUGUGCCAUCGCAAAUAAAUUCAUUUAUACGCCAUUGGGAGCCUGCACACUUCAAUCGCGAUGCGUUAGAGCAAGCACAUCGUGCACACGAGUCAAAUCGAAGGAGGAAACGAGAGAUCAAUUACAAUCACUUUUCACCACAUUAUGGAUCGACAAAUGUCAUCAAAUUCAACUUCAAUGCUCAUGAUAGAGAGUUUCGCAUUGAAAUGAGAGAAGAUCCAACGUCGGUAUUUUCUUCUGACAUUCUUAUUGAAGGUACUGAUGGGCCCCUCGACUAUGACAUCUCUCGUGUGUACAGUGGGAAACUUGAAAACGAUGAAAAUUCUCACGUACACGGCGUGCUAACAGCAGACAAUUUAUUCGAUGGUACAAUCACGACUGGAAUGGAACAAUAUUACAUCGAACCAUCAGAUAAAUAUUCCGAAGAAUUAGGAAAGAAUGGCGUACAUACAAUAAUUUAUAAAUUGAGUGAUGUGAAGAUGGAUGUGCAUAAACAUAAUACAGAUAAGAGUGAUCAUGAGACGCAUUGUGCUAGUGAAAAAUUAUAUAGAAAAAUGAAGGAAAGUGAUGAUGAUGAAAAUGAUAAAAGUUUUCUAUAUAAUCAUUAUAAAGUGAAUGAAAAGUCUGAUAUUAAUAAUCCUUAUAAUAAUAAAUUUAAAUUAUCAAAUCAUUAUGAUAACGGUCAUGAUGAAGACAUAAUUAGUAGCAGCAGGAGAGGCAAUAAUCAGGGUAAUGCUGACACUGCUCAUAAGCGCAUGAAACGAUGGCUAAAGUCACGAGAUCGACACGAGCCUCCACUUCCAUUGGAUUUAGAGACACCCUACAACACCCGCUUAAAUAUAAAUGUUAAUAGUGAAAAUAAUGAUGAGGAUGAUGAUGAUGACGAUGAUCAAUAUCAAAGUGAUCAAGCGCCAUCGCCAACAAUAGCAACUUCGAAUAAUAAUCAUCGAAAUAUUUUAGUCAACAGUUACAAUCCGAAUAGUGAUUAUAAUUUACGUAAUAUUAUUACAAAAACCAAUCGUAAUGUGCUGUCAAAUGUCUUUAGUGACGGCACGAAUCGCAUAAAUAAUAAUUUUACAGCAACGAAUCAGCAGAUGAAUGUAAAUUCGAGGCCUAAUCAUAAGACUCAUGUUGAGCUUAUAACGAAAAAUGGCCCAACGAAGAAGCCAAAUAUUAUCAGUAACAAUUAUAAUCCUGACUUGAUAUAUGCCAAUAAUAAUCCGCCUCAAAAUAAUAAUAAGCAUCAUCCAAACAACAAUCAAUAUCCGCAUUUAUAUCAUCCGCAACAUAAUGUUAAUUCGAAUAUUAAGAACGAUAUUAUGGAUAUGAUGAAUACGAAAGCAACGACAAGUGGAUCGUUGGCUGAUCGGAAGAGCACGUGUAUGUUGUAUCUGCAGGCAGAUCAUACGUUCUUUCAGAAACUUGGUUCGGAUGAGGCGAGCAUUGAGGCAAUAACGAGACAUGUUCAGCGUGCUAAUGUGAUUUAUAAGAAUACAGACUUUAAUAGCGAUGGAAAACCUGAUAAUAUAACAUUUAUGAUCAAGCGUAUAAAAAUUCACAACUCGAAUGCAUUAAAGGAUCCAUCAUAUCGCUUUCCAGGCAACUAUGGUGUAGAGAAAUUUUUGGAAUUAUUCUCAGAGGAAGACUACGAUCAAUUUUGCUUGGCGUACAUGUUCACCUAUCGAGAUUUCGAAAUGGGAACUUUGGGACUUGCAUGGACAGGCGAUUUAAAAAAUGCUGGCGGUGUUUGUGAGAAAAAUGGGCACUACCGCGGCUCGUUAAAAUCAUUGAACACUGGCAUUGUAACAUUAUUAAAUUAUGGCAAACAUGUACCGCCAGCUGUGAGUCAUGUUACGCUUGCUCAUGAAAUUGGACAUAAUUUUGGAUCUCCGCACGAUCCAGAUCAAUGUACACCUGGCGGUGAAGAUGGUAAUUUCAUAAUGUUUGCGAGGGCGACAUCGGGAGAUAAAAGGAAUAAUAAUAAAUUUUCACCGUGUUCACUGAAGGCUAUUGAGCCGGUUUUGAAUGCGAAGGCACGUAGCAGCAAAGGAUGUUUCACAGAGCCGACACAAUCCAUAUGUGGUAAUGGAGUUGUUGAGCCAGGUGAACAAUGCGACUGCGGUUGGGAAGAGGAUUGUAAAGAUGACUGUUGUUAUCCGAUGAAUCGUCAUCCAGCCUACAAUGAACGUCCAUGUACAUUGCGACCAGACAAAGUAUGCAGUCCAUCGCAAGGACCAUGUUGUACUUCUAAGUGCUCACUGAAGUAUGGCGAUAAGUGCAGAGACGAUAAUGGAUGCCGUGAGCCAAGUUAUUGUGAUGGAAGAUCUGCAAUCUGUCCACCAUCGGUCAAUAAACCGAAUAAGACCAUUUGUAACAAGGAAUUUGUAUGCUAUAUGGGAGAAUGCACGGGUUCAAUUUGUCUCGCAUAUGGAUUAGAAUCAUGUCAGUGUAUACCCGGUGAGAAUGAUCCAAAAACAAAAUCAUGUGAGCUGUGCUGCAAGAAGCCUGGCGAGAAUCAGGAAUGUAAAAGUUCAUUUGAAUGGAAUAAAGUACCAUAUGAUGUUCCAGACAUGUAUUCAAAACCGGGAACACCAUGCAACGAGUACAAUGGAUAUUGCGAUGUAUUCCAACGAUGUAGGGAGGUCGAUCCCUCAGGACCGUUAGCGACAUUGCGGAAAUUACUAUUGUCGGAGGAAAGCAUAGCGUCGUUUAAAAAAUGGGUCAUCAGCAAUUGGUAUGCUGUUAGCUUAAUCAUUGUUGCCGUAUUUGCACUGCUGAUACUCAGCACACGCUUCCUGGGCAAGAAAUCAAACUUAAAAUUAAAGACUGUAACAAUAAUUCAUAGUGCAACCACGGAGACAGUGCGAUUACCUGACGACAACAAUGGGGUCAUCGUUCAUACAGCGGUGAGAACAAAAGUUCCACUCAAGAAGAAAGUUCGUGGCGAGCAAAGGAAAAAGAAGUCCCAACAAAAAGUUAUCAUUCCACCAAUUCUGCCCCAAAAGGAUGUAAUUCAAUCCAAUGUCACAUCGAAUACCGUAAAUCCAACAUUGCCCGUGUCAGCGACAUCCAUUAAGCCAUUAAGUCGCAGUCAAAAGAAAUCUCUUGAAAGUCCCAAGAAACUUUUACGAAGGAAGAAGAAGCAGCAUCGACAAGUGAACGGUCCUGAUGAUAAUUCUGGUCAAAUGAAAGUCAAAGAUGAUCAGCAGCAGCAGCAGCAACAACAACAACAACAAUUGCCAAUUAAGCCUCAGAGAAAACCAAAAAAGAAGCCAUCGUCCUCAUCGUCUAAGCAUAAAGAAAUUAUCGAUUAUUCAAAUCCCGAAUCACAUACAAAUACAUUCGGUAAAGUACAGAAAUGGCUUCUCGAAUCACCAAUUGUAUUAUCGGCAGCAUCACAAAUUGAGCAUGCAUCGAAAAUAUCAAAUAUGAUGAAUAAAUCACAUUCAACACCUGAGCAUUUGGCAAGUGUCCAACAGCCACAGCAGCAACAACAACAACGUUCACCAAUAAAUACCGCAAAACCGAAAGGAACAACAACAGCAGCAAAAUCGACAAAUAAUCUAAAUGAUAAAGUACGACUGCAGGUUGUCUAUAAGCCACCAUUUAAAUUCUCAUUGAAAUUCUCGAAAAAUAAGAAUAACAUCAAGACAAACGUUGUUAGUGCUGAUAAAAAUAAAAUGUUGUGGCGUCAGCAACAACAACAGCAACAAAGAAAUUCCCUCGAGGAUCCAUCUCGUUCACGUCGUGCUGCACUCCUAAUUCGAUCAGCAACCGAGGAUAUAAGCAAUCAACUGGUUCAGUCAAAUGAUGAGCCAUUGUAUGAGACACUCAGUCAUCCACCGAAAGUCAAGCAUCCGCCACAGCCAAAUUAUGAAAAUUUACCGACAACAUCAUCAACAGCAAAUUUAAUUGAUGCAUCAAUGAACAAUUCGAUAUCAUCGCCAAUCAAUACAGCAACAUUUCGUGUUAAUAAGAGUGCCAGUGGCAGUAAUAUAAAUAAUCAUCGUAAUUUGCCUGUGAUAUCAACGCCCAUAUUGAAUAGUAAGAGUCGAAGUCAUCAGCGUGUUAGUCAAAAUAAUUUAAGACGAUCGAGUAUUGGUAAUAGUGGAAGUAGUGGUAAUUUAAUGAAAUUUGGUGGUAGCUCACAAAAUUUAACGAGAUCGAGUACAACAAAUCUCACAAAACAUACUCAACGUGAUGGCAUUAAACGUCGUGCAAGCGACAUGAAUCGUAGCAGUACGACAAACCUUAAUAAAUACAAUCGACAUAAUAGUAGUAAUUCCAAUUUGCGGCGCGAUGGUUCUAACAUGGACGUCAAUUCGAGUCCAUCAAGUGAAGAGUAUAAUCCAGUAAGUAGCAAUGAGAGGAAGUCUCAUAGCAGGAAGAGCAGCAUGAAUGUUAGCAACAGUAAAUUAAAUCAGUUGUCUAAAACAUACAGCAACUCAAAUUUAGUCAAUAACAUAAACAAUAAUACAUGCAGCAGUAAUGGAUCGACUGCCAUCUGUCCCGUGCAGGGAUCAUCGCGCCGCGAAAGUUUCAAUAAUAAUAUACCACGUGCUAGUCUAAUAAAUUCAAUUACCAAUAUAAGUAAUCCAUUCCAACGUCAAACAUCAUUAAAGCCAACACAACCGUUAUCACAUUCGAGUCGUAUGAUGAUUGAUGAACUUAAUAAGAACCGUCCACAGACAUCAUCAUGUGAUAGCUCAAUGUUUAAGAAUUUUGAAUGGCCCAAAGUAUUAACGACACAACGUUCAUUGCCAGCCGAAAAUGCUGGGCCUCAAUCUGAUCUUGAAGUUAUGGUUUCUGAUGUAGAAAAUCUUAUGAACGAUAGCUAGGAGCUACUAAUAUCCCGCUUUUUUAAUUUCCUUUCGUCAUCCGCAUCGUCAAUAUUUCAGUUUUAUUAAAUUCUCGUCCCUUUUAACUGCCAAUUUAUAUCGGACACUGUCAGUUCUUCACUCAACAAUUUUUUUAUUUUUAUUAUUUUAAGCUCAUAUUGUGUAACUUAAUUUAAUUUAUUUCUUCAUGGCUUCUUCACAUUUGUGGCUCGUGUGCGGAUGGUUUUGGGAUAUUGAUUUGAGUUUAAUGAUCGGAAUUGAAUGUGAUUUGAUGAGAAAGUUUGGGACUGAAUUUAAAUUUCAAUAAGGAUUAUUAGAAGUUACUAUAAUGAGGAAUGUUGUGCUCGGUGGUCUUUUGGUAGCCACCAUCUUGAUAAUCCAGUUGGAUACUACCCAGAAUUUUCUACGAAUUUAAAUCAAGCCUUUAAAUUUAAUAAGCACAAGCUUAAAAUAACAUCAAAUCUAAUUUUCAAUCAUCUAUUUCACAAGCAAGCAUUAAAAUAAAAUUAGAUUCUGCCUAUAAAGCCUUAAGGCUGAUAUAAUCUUAAUAAACAUUCUCGUUUUCCAUGAAAUCUAUUUAAAAUGAUUCAGGGGUGUAGCUAGGAAUUAAAUUUGGAAGAUGCGGGUCUCAAAAAAUUUCUAACAAUUCAAAGCAAAGUCUUGACUCGAAAUCGCUCUUCUAGCUGCGUCCUGGCAACGAUCCAUUUUCAUCAAUACCAACCUUGAUUUUUGGAUUUAAAAAAAUAUUCAAAUCGCAAUUCUGUACUUACAAUUGCCAAAAUAGAAUGAAAAUCCCAAAAUCAAUCGCACCAAGUGAAGAGGCCUUGAACCAACCUUAAGCGGGAAAAAAAUCCAUUUUUAUGACUUUUUUGCGCGUAUUGUCAUAAAAAAUAUACAUUUUUUAUGUGCCAAUAACAUUUUUAUUUUAUUUUCAUCUCUCAUGUCCUUCUGUGUACGGAAUACAAUAAUAAUAAUAAUAAUAGUAAUAGUAUUAAUCUUAAUUUUUCAUUUAUUUAUACAUAGCAUGUACAUAAAUAUUAGAUAAAUUAUUAAAUUGAUUAGAUUUAAUUAUCGCAUCAAAAACAUUCACACAUAAAAUGGAUGAAAGGAGAACAAAAGCUGUAAAUUAAUUUUGAGUGUUGAGCAGUGCUGUUCAUGAAGACAAUUGAAAUUGCAUAAUUGGAAGCUAGUAUGUAAAAAUUUGAAAAUUAAUAAAUUUUUUUUAAAUCAUUAAAGCUGCAUUUACUGCCAAAAAAGUAAAAAUCCAACAUAAUUUGAGCAUCACUGAUUAAACUCAACGUCGCAUCAUAGCAAGAAAAUACUAAAUAUGACAUAAACAUGCAAAAGUUGAAGACUCAAUGAGCAUAAUAAGUACAAGUGUGAUCAAAGGAUAUAGAAAGAAGAUAACGAUGACAAAAAAUAUCAAAUGAAUAUGAAUGUUCAUAUUUAUAAAUAGCAAAUUGACAUUUCCAGUCAUUACAUUCCUCUCAAAAGCUCAUCUUUCUCGUUCUCGUAUUGAAUUUCUACAUUUGAAUAUGAAUCAAGUUUAAGAAUGUAUCGAGUUGAUAUUCUUGGUAAUGUGAGGAGUGGAUAUGAUGACGUAGAUUCAGAUGGGAAAUGUUUUGAAUUUCUUUGUAAGAUUUUGAUUCAUUUGACAAGUUCUACAUGAGCUUAAACCCUCCGGUUCAGCCCUACAGUAAGCUAUACAUGUGUAGCUAACCCCCAACUAUAUCCAAAACUUCCAAAAACUUCGCCUUCUUAUCAAAACCAUCCCAAAACUUACAUGACGAAGAACUUAACACCAGAAAAUACUUACAAAUCCCACAACAUGUUCAGUUGUGCUGAGAUUCUCAACACAUUCAACUAGAAAAUUUUUUAAUUGAGUUAAUUGAGUUGAAUGAAGAAGAUUUUCUGUAAAUUGUAAAUAAAGUGUUCUUAAAAAACGUACUUGAAAGCUUUUCCAACUGCAAUUAUGUCAGUAAGUGGAUGUGUUUAAUUAUAGAAAUUUUCAGAAAAAUUUUGUUAUUUCUGAUAGAAACGUUUUUGAGGAAGUUUGAAGAAGAUUUGAGUGCUUCGGGGUGGUUAAUUAAAUGGAGAUUAAAGGAAGAGUUUUUAAUUUUGUUUAAAUUUAUUUUAAAAUUAUCGAAAAUUCUUGGAAAAAAAAUUAAUCAAAAUUUUUCAAAACUUCCUCAUUUCAAUUUCAAAGCACAUGGAAGAAAUAUUCAAAAAUCAAAUAACAACUUCAACAUCACAUGCUUUCUAAGAACAUCAAAAAAAAAUAUUUUUCACAAAUUUCCCCAUAAUUUCCUCCAUCAAGAAAUUUUCACAUCAUCUAAAAGCACAUACACACAUGUGAGAAUUGCCUGAUAAAGUAAAAUCAAUUGUACAGCACACGUGUGCUUAACUGACAAGCAAUUUGACGUGUAAAUUUAUCAAAAAUUUAGUCAAUCAUCUUUCGCAUCACUUUAUUUGCUAUUUGUGGAACGAAAAAUGCGAAAAUAAAUUUACUUUACGUGGUAAAAUCAAUGAAUGUGUAUGGGGGGAUGUUGUUUACUGAUCGAACCUCUUUUUGGAUUUUCUGAGAAAUAUUUUGCAGGAAAAAUUCUUUAAAAGCUUCAAUUUUCAAGAUUUACUUAAAAAAAACCAAAUUCUCGUCUUUUCGGAUGAAAAAUUCCAAUGAAAUCAAAUUUAAAAAGAUUCUUUGUCUCAACAAAUUAAUCAAAAAAUUCCCCAACAUUAAUGAAACUCCCAAACAUACUCAAAACUUCCAAGAACAUUUCAAAAAAUUUUUUCCCAAUUUUUGUGCAACAUCAUGUUACAUAAAGACCGAACAUGAACAACAACAAUUUUUUAAUGAAACAAGACAAAAUUAAGCUUAAUAAAGCGUAAAAGAACAAAAGAAUGACGAAGAGAUGAGAAUGAGAGCUAAAAGCCCAUAUCACAUGUAACUGUACACGAAGAAUAAAAGAAAGUAAAAAGAAAAGAACGGAGAAACACCUUAUUUUGACAUAAGAAUGACGACGAUGUGUAUUUAAGGCAUGUACAUGGGAAACAAUCAUAAAACGAUUUCUUGAAGCUGGCAGAAGAACUGGUUUUUUGGUGUACUGAUGGGGAUUUUUUGAGUCAUUUUGGGAGGAUGGAAUUUUUAUUUUGAGGGAAAUUUAGUCACUUGAACAAUCGGUAAGAAGUCUUAGUCAUGCAAUGAUACCUCUUGGAUCUUGAUCUAUACCCUGUCUGCAAGAUUCACUUCAAUACGGCUCAAUUAAGCAGACUGCUGCAACACAAGUCAUCUCCAAUCCUUCAAUACUUUAACCUUAGCAACAUAAAAAGCGCCACAUCCACUCCAAAACACCCAAAGUCAUCCAAUACUUGAUUUAUGUUCAACUUAAGAAUUUUUUUCCAUCAAUUAUUUUAAUGGAAAAGAAUUUAUUUUUUUUUUCGUCGUCAUCUUCAUUUCAUUACCAGAAAGAAGAAAUAAAAAUAACGCGGGAAAGAUGAGUCGUGCCAAGAACAUAAAACAAAAUUAUGGAGUUUAUGAGAGAAUGAAUAAAGACAAGAAAAUGACAAAAGUAAAACAUACACACAAUUAAUUGAAUAUUGCACGCAAUUUAAGAAAGAAAACAGAUAAUUAUCAUUAAAAUGAAAAUUGCUUGAAAUUUGUGAUAAAUGUACCUAAAAAAAAGUUCACAGACACACACACACGUACAUAUGUAGAUAAUGAAUGAAUGAUAAUUGACUUAAAAUUGUUCUCAUUUUGUAGAAUUUUAAAAGACGAUUAGGAAGUGAUGUAUGAAAUAAAAUAGGAGCUUCUAUCACUGCUGAAACUGCUAUUUCACAUCCUGAUAAGCAUUAACUGUUUUGCUACUCAUAUCCGAUGAUGUGUGCAAUUUUAUAACUAUAGAAAUAUCCUCGUGUAUGCUAAGUGACUUAGUUAAAAUUUAAAAGUAUGGAAAUUAAAUUGAAAAAUAAUUGAAUAAUUUUCCAGCAAGGAAAGUUUUUGAAACAAGACUUAAAAGCUGUCGGGAUGGAUGCUGAGGUGAAAUUUGAGGACUUCAUAAUUCAAAACUUAAAAAUUCGUUAAAAUUCAAAUUUAUUUUGACGGUUUCCUCAAUCGACAAACAAACUCUUGUUCGAUUAAUCAUACAAUACUUACUUCUUAAAUUCAAUUUAAUUGCAAUCAUGAUAUUUCAACUAUUCUACUUAAACAUCAACUGCUUAGCAGUGCCUUCUUUAUAAACUUAUUUUUAUUGUAGUUCACUUUAUAUGUAAAACUUAGAAUGGCUUUAAUAAAUCAAUCAAAGAGGAAGAAAACUAGUCUAAUGAAUUUAAAAAAUUUAUUUAACCUCAAAACAUUUUUUCUGAAAAGUUUGAGAUUUUUAAAUAAAUCUGACUCAACUUUUUGCUUGAAUCUUGUUGAAAUUAUAUUUAAUCAAGUUAAGGAACCUACUCAAUGGGUACUUUAGACACCUCCCCAUCAGUAAUACUUUAAAAAUCAAAAAAUCUACAGUUUCUUCAUUCAAUCUUCAAACCAUUCAUCACUAAUCCACUCGACAGUGUCCUUCAAUACUAUAAAAAAUAUCAAAAAAAAAAAAUCCAAUUAUAUCGUAAGUCAUUUGAUACAAAAAAGCGAAUAUAGGAAGAUAUCAGAUACAUAAACAAUAUAUGAUGACGAUAACUGUCAUUGUUAUACUCACAUCCAUUUAUAAGAGAGAACUAUUGAUAAAUAAUAUCAUAUAUAUCACAUACUGCUGUCCAACAAUCAAUGAACGACAAAUACGAAAAUUGAGUGUAUUUUGAGAUAAAAAUAUAUGAAAUUAAAUUUUGUUUAAGUUUGUGAUUUUAUGGGAGGGGUGCUAUUGGAUGUGGGAGUGGAUUUUUAGAUGAAUUUAAUUCCAGGAUUCAAAUCUAAUUUUAAAAUCAUUUAAACUCAGUCUAAGCUGAGGGAAGAUAAUGAAUUUUAUUUUUUAAAAUUUUAAUCCCCAUCUCAAAUGGAUCAAUUUAGAAUCUCAAGACUAUAAUUUCAUCCUUUUCUUGAGCAAAUUAAUUUUAAAUCUAGUAAAACUUCCAUUUCACUUCCACAAUCAAUUUAAAACAUUUUCUCUUUAUAAAAUUCAUAAUCUCUCCAUCCAAUGAACUAAAUCUCAAAAACUCUCGACACAAUAACAAUAAAGUAAGUCUUAAACUCAUCGACAAAUGCUUCGACAAGAGCUGUAAGCAAAAAAAUAAUACGAGAAAAAGAGGAAUUUUUUUUGCAUAUCAAAAAAGAUAGAAAUGAAAUUUUAUUUUGUAAAUGACAGGUAUUUUCAGCAAAAAGAACUAUAAGCACUACCAGAUUAAAAUCCAUAAGCUCCAGGCUGAAGAUUUUGAAUAAAAUUUUAUAGAUCUAAAAAGAAAAUGAAUUGAAAUGCAAAUUUUUAAAUGAGUUGAGGAAGAUAUUGAGAUUUUCAUCAACUUAACCAGUCUCAACAUCUUACUCUCAACAUUUACAUUUCCAAAAUGAAAAUUCUGAAUGAGAAACGAAACAAAGAAAAACAUUCAUGCUUAGAUGAAUAUUAAAGUCUAAUUUUAUGUGUGAAAAUGAAUUAAUUUCUUCCAAAAUUUGUAAGCGUGAACGAACACGAAAAAGAAAUAUUUUUAAAAAGAAAAACGAAAUCAACAAUAAUUAAAAAGUAACUAAAAAAGUGCUAUCCUGCAAAAACUAAUGCAAAGAAAAAUCUAAAAAAAUUAUUUUUAAAAAAGAGUGUCUAUAAAAACUUUCUACUUAGUCAAAUUAAUUUUUUGGUUUUAUUUUUUUUGGAAAUUUGGAGUGAAAAAAUUGAGGUGAAAUUCAACAAAAAGUGGAAGUUGGGUCCUUUUGGCAAGAUUAAAAAUCUUGCAAAUUAAAAACUUUAUUCAAAAAUUUAAAGACCCAAAACUACAUAAAAUAGGUCUUGAAUUCACGAGAAAAUCUUUAAAUAUAGAAUUUAAUUAAAUUCUGCAUAUGAUCCUAUUCAGACAAUGAAAUAUCAACCACAGAAAUCAUCAAAUAUUCCUAAUCCACUUUAGUUCAUAUUCAAACCUCUCAACUCCACAAAAAGAGUGAAUAACAAUAAAAAAGCUUCCAUCUCACUUAUUUCAUGAAAAAAGCUAAAAUUACCUAUCAAAAAAAAUCUAUUUUUCAUUCCAAUAAUUUUACUAGCAUAGAAAGAAUUUUAAUUAUCUGUGUUAUUAAUGGCAUAAAAAAGUUCAUUUAUUUGAAGUCGUAAAUUAUUUUUCUAAAAAGUAAGAAAUCUUUUUUUGUGAGCGAAGUCGUGCAUAAGACGCAUUUUAGGCGUGGCUCUGGUCACCAAAAAAUAUUGUGAACCAGAAUGUGAAAAACGAGGUGAUUUUAAUUUUAAUUUAAAAUAAAAAUGAAAAAAAAAACUCAUGGAAUUUGGGAUGUUUUUGGGUGAAUUUUUAAAGCAAUUUUGCAUGAAAAUUCACUCAAAAAAAAAUCCCGAAAAAAAAAUUCAAUUACGCGCUGAGUAAUAAAAAAAAAUCUUAACAACAAAAACAACUUAAAAAAGUUUAAUUUUGAACUAACGUAUUUUGUAAAUUAAAGUCUCGUAUUUUAUAAGAAAAACGAAAGUAAAAAAAUGUGAAAAAAAAUAUUCAAAUUAAUAUGAAUAAAAUGCGAAUGAAUGUAAAUGUAGCAAUUUUAAAUUAAAAAAUAAUACAAAUGCGAUAUGAAAUUGUAAUUGAAAAUAAAUUAAAUAUGAAAAAAAUUUCAUAUGUUUUUUGUAUAAGAAUGAUGAAAAUUGAAGCAACAUAAAAUUGAGAGAAAUUUGUCGUCUAAAAUAAAAAGAAUGAAAAAAUGAAUAUAAAA